UCAAAAAUCACCAAAUCUGGAACGACGGUUCAUAUCCUUUUUCAUUUCCAAAAACUCAGGGAGAUCUACAACCAUGUCAGAUAGAGAAGGCCCGUCUGGAACUCUUCCACCCGACGAAGACCUUUCAUUACCAAAAGCAACCGUGGCCAAGAUGAUAACAGAACUACUGCCCAGCGACGUGGUAUGUGCGAAGGAGACCAGAGAUUUGGUGAUUGAAUGUUGUGUAGAAUUCAUUCACCUAAUCUCGUCGGAAGCCAAUGAAAUCUGUGAAAAAGAUUCCAAGAAGACAAUAGCACCAGAACAUAUAAUUGCAGCUCUGAAGCAACUCGGAUUCAAUUCAUUUACAACGGAGGUGGAGGAUGUUUUGAAGGAUCAUAAACAGCAGCAGAAGGAUCGAGAGAAGAAGGGCUCGAAAAUGGAGCAAUCAGGGAUGACAGAGGAAGAACUCAUGGCUGCUCAAGAAGAACUUUUUGCGGCCAGUCGAAGGAAAUUCGAAUCAGGCCAAUAGUAGCAUGCUCACA